CAACGGUCAAACCCUACCAGUCCUUGGUUAAUGUGUCAUGGCCGCACCAGCGAAUUUAGAUGAUGACUUUUUUUAUCGAGUUGGGUGCAAAAACGGACUGGAUUGUGCAGGAAGAUCAAUGGAUUAGUGAUACACCUGAUGCUCAAAAUUCUUGCAGUAUUAAUAUAUAAACACAUGACUCUCACUUGAUUUUAGGGAAGAAUAAAAUAGGGUCGAAUUAAAAACAAAGGGAAAUUGGACAAGACAGCAGGUUUAUGAUGAUAUUUACAUCGAAUUGAUAGAACAUUAUUGUUUUUUAACUUUUUAAUGGAGUUAGUCUGUUUAUAGCAAUACAUUCCUUGUCUCAGCACUAACACCCAAGUCAAAUAAUGGCCACGAGUCUGCAUCAAAGAAAGUUGUUUAAAAAAUUAAUGAAUAAAUUAAGUAAUGUUAUUUAUUCCGCUCAGCUGCUGCAGUUAUACCCACUCAACAAUGGUUCGGAUCACCGUAUGGCAGAACCAGUGGCACUUUCUGGGAGCCUUUAGUGUGAUUAGUUUUAUUGUGUGGAAUCUCAGCUGGAAUUUUGUAGUGAGUGCAGCAGCAACAGGCUGUUUUAGUUUGUUACUUGCAGUUUUUUAUGUUAAAAUUCGCGAAAUAUUCUUCAUCGAGAAGAAGCUCCUCGACAACCUUGAAUCCAAGGCUGUCCUCGUUACAGGUUGUGAUUCUGGCUUCGGCAUCUUGUUUGCACGGCGGCUCGCUGACUUAGGAUUGUACGUGUAUGCAACUGUGAUGUUUCCUGAGAAAGAAAACGCCCUGGAGUUGGCCCAACACAAGAACAUCGAAAUCGUGAAACUUGACGUGACGAAACAGGACAACAUCGACGAGCUUGUCCGGUUUAUUUCUGAAGACCUUAAGAAAAAUGGCCGCCAGUUCUGGUGUCUGGUGAACAACGCAGGAGUAGCGUUGUACUCUGACCUAGAGGUGGCAAGCAUGGAUCAUUUCACGAGCACCCUGGACGUGAACACCGUGGGGCCGCUGAGGAUGUGCAAGAGCUUCCUACCCCUCCUCAGGGCGGGCGGCCAGGGCAGAAUUGUCAAUAUUGCGUCACAGGCCGGCAGGUUCACAGUACCGUUCACAACUGCGUACAGCAUGAGCAAGGCUGCGCUCAUCGCAUUCAGCGAUGGUCUGAGAAGAGAACUUACGCCAUGGAACAUAAGCGUCAUCACAAUAGAGCCAUACUUCUACCAGGCAGCGAUCUCAUUACAGUACACAAUAAAUUUGAUUGUGGGUAACUACCUGCGAAUGUGGGACUCAGCGCCCGAGGAGGUGAAGGAGGCGCUGGGCGAGCGUUUCAGGGACGCUCGCAUCCAAGGUCUUAUGGAAUUUUGCGUGAAAAACCAAAGGACCGAGGAUAAGCUUUACGAAGUUAUCGAUGAUUUGGAACACGCCGUGGCGAGCGUUCGUCCUCAGAUCAGCUACAACCCGAGCACGCACGCUAAGUUAGUCACGAUGCUCUUGAAUUGCCUGCCGUUGGAAGUACAAGACUUCCUCCUAACGCCGGUCAUCGAAGAAAAGCCCCGGAAUAUCAUCAUUUCAAAAAUGGAAUCUCGUCAGCGCUCGUGAAAAUAAACGAGUAUCGUGUUUAUUUCUUACUUUUUUAUCUGUCUAUUAAAAUUAAUCAUUGUUGCACGGAAAUAAUGUUACCUAUAUCAAACUUUCUGAGAUAUUCAAAGGAAACUGUGCAAUGUUUCUGUGUACGCAAAAGUCACUGAACAGAUUGGAAAAUCGCUACGCUCAUCCCAUAACUUGAAAUUUAUGCUAGAAUAAAAAUUUGAACUUCGCUUAGUGAAUUA